CUUAAAUCAACCAGUUAGAUGCAUUCUUACUUCUUCACUUGAAAGGAAUAUUCAUCGUACGGUCUUCUGAUCAAGGUGAUGCUAGGGUGUGCCUGGGAUACAAACGGGUUUAGAAGGUGGGUGUCCUACGUCGCCCAGUAUUCUGCGUAUCGUCUACCACUCAGCAUCCCAUGCCCUUGACCUGUUUUCUUCCUUAGGUGAUCUGUCAUAUCGCAGCUUGUGGCGUUAUCUUACUGACCUGAUCAGUUGUCUUAUGUAGCUAGUCUUCUUGAUAACUAAUCUGUUAUCUUACGUAACUGCGAUUAUUAUUUGACGUAACUGAACUGUUAUCUUACGUAGGCGAACUUAUACAUUACGCGAUUGAAGUGUUAAUUUACUCAGCUCAGUGUUUCCUCUAGCUUGAAGACAGUCUCAUAAUUUCAUAUGUUGUAUUGCUAAAGUUAUAUUUCCUUAUUUUCUUUACAUAAUAUUUAACUAGGCUAAUGACUAGUGCUAUUUCUGUAUAUCAAUGCUAAAUAUGUAUAUGCUGAAAAUGAAAGCUAUGUUUAGUCUUAAAUAUCGGUGUUGUUUUUUCUUAAAUUCUGACAAAACAAUAUAGUCCUGCAUUUCCAAUUUUACAUUCAAUUCUGUGGAACGCGGUGCUGACUUACGUUGGCUUACUUGUACCAUUAAGUGGCCGACUAGUGUAUAAAGGUUGUGGACCCCCUGCUCUAGGUGAAUUGUUAUCGUACGCAGAUUAAGUUUAAUAUUACACAGGUUAAUCGUUACCCCAUGCAGAUGAAGUGUUACCCUAUGCAAGUAAACUGCUGAAUUGCGAUCGCUCUUAACGUGGUAACAUAUUACGUAACUGAACUGUUAUCUUUUUAAAUUUAGUUACCGUUUUAUAUUAUUCAGGUGUUUCCUAAACCUGCUGAUUUUAUCCCAAGUAAAUAAUAUAAUUAUCUUUGAUAUUUUUUUUUACUUUGUUGAACCAUUUGUAAUACAGUACUGAUUUUAUCUUGCAUGAUUUUGUUAUCUUACUUAUCUACCUCCUUUCAUCACUGACUUAUCUUGCAUAUCUCACAUGUCUUCCGUGAUUGAGCUCGGUAGUCUCCUGAAUGUGUUGAAACUUGAGAGUUUUUGUGACUGCCUUAUAAGUAGUAUAUUUCGGGGUAUCUUAAUCAACCCAGUAUCCGUCUUUCCUAAAUAACACUUUUUUUUCUAUCCGGGUUUUUCUUUCAAAUAUAUCCUGUUACAUUUGCUCUCCGCUGCCGGGCGAACGACGAGGGAAUGGCAGAAAAUGUAGAGCUCCAGAAGUUGGGGUGGCGCGGUUUUAUAAUCUAACCUUUACACAAAAACUAGAUUACAAUACAAAAUUGGGAUAAGAGUUGACCUUUAAGUAAUUAGGAUUGACAGAACGUUAGAUCUAUAAUGGAUUAAUGGUAUUUAAUUAAGAUGUGAAUGUAGCAGUUCUAUCACAUAAAAAUAAAUGUGUAAUACCCCCUGUACCAUUAAAGCAUUAGUCACGCACAGUAUGCGUAUGCAGUAUAUAUUGUGUGGUAUUAUUUAAUUGUCAUAUGAACUUUUGUCGUCACCACGUAGAUUGAAAACGUAAACAAUCUGAAAGACAAGCGUGAAAAUUACAAAAAACAAAAACAAAACUCAGUGGGCAGCGUUGAAUAUUUUGCACUUCAAUUGUCAUAUAAAGUAGAUAGAAGAGGGAAAGCGUGAUAAUUACCUUAUAACUGUUAAAGCGCUGUAUAGCGCACUUUAAACACCUAUAAUUUUCGGUUAGAUAUAGUUAAUUAUUGAUAAAACUUAUAUUACCUGAUAAACAUUUGGAUAAUAGUUUGUAGCUUGUUUACCGUGUUCCUUGGCAGUAUAGUAUAUAUCAGUUAUGAAUGUUAAAAACUGUUUAGAGUUAAUGUAUAGAAAAAAAAUGAUUAACAUUAUGACUAUAAUAUUAGAUCUGCUGUUUACAGUAUAGUCCAGUUUGAAGUACUUCAAGUAGCAAAACAAAAAAAAUGGCUGUCUACCCAUGUACUCAACCCUAAUCGAGUGGCGAUUGUUAGUCUGCGGGGCCCUGUAGUCCAUACACACUUCUGCUGGUGGCGAUGACAAUGGAAGAUGACAUCGUCCAGGAGAUUCUCAAAUUGGAGGAAGAGAUGAGCAUCGAUGAUACCCCGAGCACUAGCCAGUCCAGCACCAUAAGCCCGGUAGUAUUUUCCUCUCAACCUAAUAUCUGUGUACCAGGUACCUUUAGUAAUUUGGGUCUUGAUACAGAAAAACCUUCCAAUUCGUGCCCACCAGGUGUGCCUCGAGGGACGAGUGCAGCUUCUGGGAACAGUCCUCAAGUAGCGGCCUUCUUGAAGGACAGACGAAGGAGAGAAAUUCACAACUUCUUCGAGCGAAAACGACGAUCCAACAUCAAUGACAGGGUGAAGGAACUUGCCGCGCUUCUGCCCAGGAGGAACGAGCCGUAUUUUGAGGUUUUCCGUGAUAGCCGGUGUAAUACGGGACAGAUCUUGAAGGCGUCAGCAGAUUACAUUAGGAGGCUUAAGAUGGAUGUAAACCGUAGCAAGAAGAUGGAGGCUGAGCGGCGCACCUUGACACAAGAGAAUCAGCAACUCCAUAAGCGAGUGGAGGCGCUGGAGGCUAGGUUGUUGAUCCGGGACGGCGACAUAGAGGUGACAGUCACUCACCCAGAUUCUGCUACCAGUUCUCGACAGGUCAAAGACGACACUACUGGCUCUUGAGUAACAUCGAUAUGCGGCAGGUUAAGGGUGCUUAGAAUAACGCGAAGUUUGAAUUAAGUUAUAGCUUUAUUAAUAUAUGAAUUACUCUACAUUGUGUCUACUAAUCAACCAAAUACAUGUGAGAAGUGUAUAAAGUAGAAUUAAUAACAUUUUACUCAUUUUGCUGUUGAAAUAUGUUGUCCAUUGUUAUACAUGUAACUGUAAUUAAAGUUUGUUUUUAAAGGAUCUGAUAGAUUACAGAAUAUUUGAAAACAUAAAAGUAAAAUAUGGAGAUGGUGCAGUAUAAUCAUUCUUCUUAGGCCACUACAUACAUACGAUGUAGCAUAUGACAAGAUAUUUCUAAGUGUUGUAGGAUACUUAUUUAAUUGCCUUAUAUACCGACCAGCAUUGGGACGGCGUCAUGUGAAUUUAUUUUUUGUCUUUAACUUUUAGAAUGUACUCGCAAAACUUAAGCAAACUGCAUUUGCCACAGCUUAAACGAAUUGAAGUGGACGUUUGAAGUAACUAUUAGUCCAGCGUAUGGUGAAGCUCGCAUAAAUGUACGAGUAAAAAAAUACAUGGGUUAGAGGUCAGGGAAAUUACGAAAGUUAAUUAGUUGAUUAUGAUAAGGGUUAUUAGUUUGUAAUCGGAGCACCUCCAGCUCACCCAGUUGUAAAUGGGUACCUAUAUGUAUACAGUAGCUUUAUAGGUAAGCGAAGGCAGUCGAGAGAAGUGCUGGCGACAUCUGCCUGUGUUCCCAAGGCUUAGUAUUCCGUGUGCUGUAUCCGCAUACCAGGUAACAGGCUGUCAGGUCUGUAAUUCUCUUACUUUCAUCAUUAAUUUGCGAGAUGUAUUAAAAAAAAAAGAGCGCAGUCCACGAGGACCAAACAUACAUAAUAAUGUAAGGGAAAAAAUCUUAAACACUAUGUAAAUCUACAUAAGAUUAUUUAAAGAUGAAAAUGACUGUCUUUUUUUUAAGUGCAGGUUCGCAACGCAUUAAUUUUAUAUUAUGGCAUUUUAAUGUGUUUAGAAUGUUACAUCUGAAAUAGGAAUGACAUAAUGCUAGGUCUGUACUAUGUUUGCAGUAUAGCUGCGAGUUUGAAGUUCUUCAAAUAGAUAAACAUUAAAUUGGCUGCCUUCACCAGACUCUUCCAACCCUAAUCGAGCGGUGUUAUCAUACUGCGGGGUCCUGUAGCACAUACACCUGUCUGACGAUGGUGGAGGACAUCGUCGAGAUCCUCAAAUUAGAGGAAGGGUUGGACAUGUAUGAUGCUUUCGGGACAAGCCAGUACAACACCCUGACCCCAGGUCUAUACAGGGUUUCUUUCGUGAGCUCUUGGACAAGUCCAAUCGUAAGUGCCCCCCAGAUGUGCCUCAAAUGAAGAGCGGACCUAUUGUUGGCGAUCCUCAAGUAACUGCACUUACUUCAGGCAGGAACAGAAGGAGGAAAGAAAUUCACAACUUGUUCGAACGAAGAAGAGCCAACAUCAAUGACAGGGUGAGGGAACUCUCCACUCUGUUGCCCAGGAGAAACGAACAAUAUUUUGUGUUAGCUCGUGGUCUUCGAUAUAACACUGGACAAAUCCCGAAAGCUUUGGUAAAUUAUAUAUGGAGGCUUAAGGUGGAUUUGGAGCACAGCAAGAAGGCGGAAAUUGAAUGAAGUGCCUGGAGGAAGAGAACGGAGGAACUAGAGGCGAGUCUGUGGUACCUCAGCAACGAGAGUGGUGAGACCAACGCCAUCUUACUCUUGCUGCCAGCGCUACUCAAGCUAGAGAUAUUGAAGAUAUGAAGCAACUGCAAUGUAUUCACUAAGUAGCAAGGGGAUGUUUUAAAGUUUGUUAAUAACUGUUUCUGAUAAAUAUAUUAAUUUCAAGUGGUUCACAUCGCAAAUACCUUUGAGUUUGUUAACUCAGUGAAUUUACUAAAUGUUAAUUAAUGAAACUGUACUGUAGUACCUCUGUCGUAAAUUCACACCACUGGCAAUGAUGAUCAGUUUAGAUAACUGCGAGGUGUUUCAACACUAUUGUACAAACUUAAAAUAUUGUAAUUUAUAUCAAAUAGGAACUUAAUUGGUUAUGAAUGUUCAUUAAAAUUACAGUAUUGCGGGAUCUGAUGAAAGAGUAAAAUAUCUAUUGAUGUAAUCUCGUAAUGUAGAAUUCACAUUUGUAGUUUAAUCCACUUGUAAUAUCCAACAAAAAACUGGAUCUUACACAAAUUAUGUUUUACCUCCUGUAUCCAUGAAAUUAUGUAGUAUAAGUGAAAGGGUUUUCCUGUUUACUUAUAAUAUUAGUAGUGAUCAUUGUAUUUAUUUUUACCGUGUUACAUCAUAUAAAUUAUUACUUAUUGUUAGUUACUACUGUUAUCGCUAGAAUUGUAUUUUUUUUUCUUUCCACAACUUCAUCGGUUGGGUAGUGCCGGUGGAAGUUAGUUGUACUGAGGAUAUGUAUAAUAUUCCUUUUUGAGAAUGUAUGAGUUAUAUGGAAGAAGUACCAAUGAAAGUUAUAGUACAAUGUUUCUGAAGGAAAUGUGAAUGGAUGGAUAAGCGUUGGAGUAAGAAUAAAUAUAUGUACCUGCAAAAGAUAUGUGAUGGAGACAAACACAGCUGGUUAAGUGAGACCUGUGUACUGAGUAUCUCAAUAAAAGUUUAUAACUAUUGUAUUACUAACCAACAAUACACGCUUAAAGACCUUGAUUGUUGAAGCGCGGUAUUACAUUAUAACAUCAAGAGCUGGUUACAAAAUCGGUUCUUAUUUAAUGCAGUUAUAUUAUUGCAGUAAAGAUUAGACUACUAUUUUACUAGAUGGGGGGAAGGUGAAUAUUAAACUCUGGUAUACGGUAUAUGCUAUGUUAAUGGUAGGGAAUUGUAGUGGACACAAAAGGCAUUCUGUUUCAUGAAAAGAUGCAAGUUUUAAUUUUGUAUAUUUCCACAAAAUAAAUUUUGUCAUAACAUUCUCUUAAUAUCACUGUGCUUACUAUAGUUUUUUUUUUUUUGCUGAAGAUAAUAGGCUAUGGAUACCCAAUUCUGGCUCACUUUAAUACUGAAUUUUUUAUGUAUGUAAAGUCAUAACUGCUUGAAAACAUUAACAGGAUACGCUGUGUUAGAUAUGAAAUAGUCUUAGUGGGUGGAGGCUUUGUUUACAGGAUGGUCACUGCCAAUGACAGAAUGAUUUAAUUCACAUGUCAUAAUAUAAGUUGAAUGUUAUAUUACCUUUAAUGUUAUUAGUUGCAUGUGUUGGCAGAAGAGUGAAUGGAAGAGGAUAGACUGUUUAAAAUGUACUACAGUAUAUAUUAUAUUUACAACUCGUUCAUGUUUUUGUUUUUUAUGUAUUUAUGUGAUUCAAGAGCUAAGGUCAUGAUGCACAUUCGCCGAGUUUUCACAAAAGACAACACGGAUUACAGAUUAAAAAUAUAUAAUUGUUCAACUUGUGUAAUGUUUAUAUUUUUUAUACAUUGCAUAAUAAAGAUAAAGCUGCAAUAUGGCUAUGUAGCAAAAAAACAUUACAGUGAAAUAAGGAAUAUAUGUUCUUGUAUAUGAAAUAAAGAAUCAAGCCUAUGACUGAGAUGGUGUUUAUAGUUUCACCAAUGAAGAUAAACAAUUAAUUUUAUAUUCGUGUCUAAACCUCAAAGAGACAUUCAUCUAUACUGUGUCCCAGGCAUCAAGUAACCAAGGUAGUGUGGUCGCCAGUUACAGUUUUUAGUAAAAGAGGGGAGAAAUAAUAUCAGUACAGUCAUGAUAACAAAUAUAAUGGCCUCUGGUAUCGUUGUUGUGUGGUGGCAAUCUCGGGCAUACAUGUCCCAAAUUUGUCUAAAGCAAAAUUUCACACAAUAAAGUGGGAAAGUGUCGAGUUGUGAAGGGUGAAUCAGGGCGCUGAGGGCAUGUUAUGAUGGUGAGUAGAUUUUAGUUUUUUUAAGGCAUGUUAUGCUUGUUUUGUUUUGUGUGUGUGUAUGUAAUUUUUUACAUUAGCUACUAAUUAGGCAAAAGGGGGAGGUGGCAUGUGUGGGGAACAGGAGGGCUGUGUAAGUCACAUGAACAUACUGUAAAUAAGCUUGUCUUUUGUAAACAAUUCUUAAUUCCCUGUCCGCCCGCGGUCUGUUUGUGCGUAUGAAAUAUUGCUGUCAUCUGUAACGCGUACGUAACACUCACUUUUUUAUCAUGAUUGUAGGUUACAUUUUCUACAUAGUUUGGUAAUGAGCUGCUGGAACAUAAAAUUGUUUAAUCAGUGCAUGUAAAGUGUACUGGACUCUUACAACUUUGUGCCUUUAUUAUACUAUACUUCCACUAAUCUUUUAUUUCUACGUAAUUUUGUAAUCACUGUAACUAAUGAAUAUAUUUCCACUUUGCCUUUUAACAGUGUACGAGUACAUGUAAUAACAAUAGACAUGUUGCCGUUCUCUGUGAUAUACUGUAAUGCAUUCUAAUAUAUGAUGUACCGGGCUUAUAAGUGUAAUAAAAAAUAAUAACG